UAUUAAUGCUUAUGUUCUUUAUUCCUAUUCCUUCUUUUUUUUCUUGUUUUGUUUCUUUCUUUCCUUUUUUUUAUUCUUUUUUCUAUUUUGCAGAUAUACGAGAGAUAAGUAACUUGAUACAAUUCGCCAACAGGAAACAGAGAGAGAGAAAAAUAGAGAGAAAGAGAGAGAGAGAAAGAGAAAAGGAUAGAGAUAGAAUAGAUGGAUAAAUAGAUGAAUAGACAGAAGAAACAGAUUUAAUGUCUGGAUAAAAGUGGGGAAAAGAAGCAAACGAGAAGAAGAAGAAGUAGAAGUAGAAGGAGAAGUAGAAGGAGAAGAAGAAGAAAAAAAGAAGAAAUUAAAUUCAUGUUGCGUUGCAGACGAUUCCAUUCAUCGAAGGCCGUAUUAAGUGUAAAGACGUGUUUAGGAAGUUUCGAGCAGGUUGGAGGUCUCCGCGCGUUGUUCUUCCAGCAUACACAACGAGAUUGUAUAGGAUCUUAAACGAUCGCACAUUUAAUCAAUCGAUCGAUCGAUCGAUCGAUCGAUCAAGCAAUCAAUCAAUCAAUCAAUCAAUCGUACAAAUAGAAACAAAACGAAACGGAUUUCGUUUCUUUUUCGUUGUUUGUUUGUUUGUUUGUUUGUUUGUUUGCUUUGCUUACUUACUUGUUGUUUCAUUGUUGAUGCAGUUUAUCCUAUCGCGCGUAUACAACGUUUACGUGAUAUAGUCGAGAACGGAAAAGAAGUUUCGUUUUGAAACGAGAAGUUGCAGUUUUUUUUUUUGUUUUGUUUUAAAAAUCACGACAAUGUCGUUUAUAGAAUUAAUCCGCGACCUUCUUAGUUUUAUAUUGUUCUCGAUCACGGCCAUACUCGAGAGUAUUCUUAGAAUAUUUAUACCACGCAAAUACCAAAUGAAGGACAUAUCUGGCGAGGUUGCCCUUGUCACUGGCGGAGGCGGAGGAUUAGGAAGGUUAUUAGCCCUCAGAUUGGCUAAUCUUGGCGUCAUCGUUGUAGUAUGGGACAUCAAUCAGAAAGGUAUCGAAGAAACGGUGAAAUUGGUACAGGCUGCAGGUGGUACUUGUUACGGAUACGUUUGCGAUCUUUGCAAUCGCGAGGAUAUUUACAAAAAGGCGGCUCUGCUUAAAGAAGAAGUUGGCAAGGUAACAAUCUUGAUAAACAAUGCCGGUGUAGUCAAUGUUAUGAAGUUCUUGGAAACCCCUGAUAAUCUUCUAAUACGUACGAUGGACGUAAACAUAAUGAGCCAUUUUUGGACAGUGAAAGCUUUCCUCCCGGCUAUGAUGGAAAGUAAUAAAGGUCAUAUCGUCAGUAUAGCGAGUAUGGCUGGCCAUGUUGGGAUUCCGAAAUUAGUUGAUUAUUGUACAUCGAAAUAUGCAGCAGUUGGUUUCGAUGAAGCGUUACGAAUAGAACUGGAGUACGAAGGAUAUAAUAAUAUCAACACCACAGUCGUAUGCCCUUAUUUCCUUCGUAGUACAGGCAUGUUUGGAAAUGGAUAUUCCGGAUUUUUGCCUAAUCUAAGUCCGAACGAAGUAGCGGAGAAGACUAUAACGUCGUUGAGAUGUAACAACAAAUACAUUAUGAUACCGGAAUAUUUCCAAAUUUUGUUACCUUUCAAAUGGGUAUUCCCAUGGACUUGCAUCAGUAUGGUACUACGUGGUUUAGUCAGAGAAAUUUCACCUAUCCAUGAAUCGACAGUAGAGACAAAUGUCAUUAACAAUAAAAACAAAAAUAUAAAUGUAAAGGAUCGGGAGGACGAUAUGAUACGUCAACAAUUAACUAGGCAUAUUUCAAGUUCCGAAAGAAAACCAUAAAAAUUUGAGCCGUGAUUCUCUUUCUCUCUCUUUCUCUCUCUCUCUCUCUCUCUUUUUCUUUUUCUCUUUCUCUUUCUCUUUAUCAUCUAUCUAUAGUGUUUCUUUAUUUUUAUUUUUUUUUUUUCUAUAAAAGUUUUAUAUACUGUUACAAAGACAUUUGCAAAGAGAGAUAUAACUUAACAUAAUAUUUUCCUACGUAAUUAUUGAUUUAUUAAUUACGAACGAUCUAAUUUUUCUUCGCAAUUGAGACGAAUAAAGAACGGUUUAAGAUAUUUCGAUGAAAGUGAUUUUUUUCUUUUUUUGGUGUUUAGCCAUCAAAAGCAUUACGCCAAAUCAAAUCGAUAAUUUUUCUUCUUAUCAAUAUAUAUAUAUAUAUAUAUUUAAUUAAAACGUUUUGUGUAUAUGAUACAUAUCAGGGAUAUAGAUUUAUACCAUCAUUAUAGUGGCAAUAAUUAUAUUUGGUUUUUAUUUAAAGUUAAUGUUUAAUGUCGGUACGAUACAAUUAAUAAUAAUAAUAAUAAUAAUAA